AUGGACGACCCUCUGGCUGAAGGUUCCAGCGAUGGUUGGUGCGCCGGUUGCUAUAACGAAUCGGGCGGGGCUGCUCACUGGGCCGGACUCUCCAUCUUCAGCCGCUGGGAGCUGGUAGUCGUGACGACGCUGUGCGUGGCGCUGUUGGUGCUGGGACUGAUGGGUAAUAUCUUGACCAUCCUGGUGGUGUGUCUCCGCCCCCAGAUGAGGAGCACCACCUACCUGUACCUGAGCAGCAUGGCCGUGUCGGACAUCAUGAUGCUGGCGCUGAUGCCCCUGGACCUGUACAAGUUAUGGUGGUACCGCCCCUGGUUGCUAGGUAACGCCGUGUGUAAGCUCUCCCAGUUCGUGAGCGAGUGCUGCACCUUCUCCUCCAUCCUCCACAUGACGGCGUUGGGGGCGGAGCGUUACGUGGGCGUGUGUUUCCCGCUCAGGGCCCGCCUCCUGGUGACGCGAGGGCGUGUCCGGGCACUGAUCGCGGUGCUGUGGUUGGUGGCGGCGGUGAGCGCGGGCCCCGUGCUGGUGCUGGUGGGGGUGGAGCCGGAGGACGACGGGAUGAUGGAGUGCCGCGUGACGCGGUGGGCGGAGUCGUCCGAGCUGAUGGUGGCCAUGCUGUGGCUCUCUAACCUGUACUUCAUCGUCCCGCUAACCGCGCUAACGCUGCUGUACACGCUGAUCGCCCGCCGCCUGCGCCGCCGCAAACACCUGCACCGAGACCACACCCAUCGCCAGACCCUGAGGAUGAUGGUGGUGAUCGUGUGUGUGUUUGUAGUGUGCUGGUUGCCGUUCCACGUGGCCCGGACUCUCUUCUGUCUGUCUCUGGACUCCAACGUUCAUCUCUACUUCCUGUCUCAGUACCUCAACCUCGUCUCCUUCGUCCUCUUCUACCUCAGCGCCGCUGUCAACCCGCUGCUCUACAACCUGAUGUCCUCACGUUACCGUGACAACGUACGCUCCCUGCUCCGCCCGGGGGCCCGAGAGCGGCCCUUACAGGCUCCCUCCCCCUCCAGCACUCACUUCUGA